AUGAAGCAGGUCUUGCGGCUGCGACCAGCUGCCUCCAACAUCCUUCGGGGCCUUGAGAAGCACCAACCUCAACAAUUAUGCGGCGUACGAUCUUUCUACAAUUCGACUCCCAGACUACAAGGGAAAGAGGAGGAGGAGGGCAAGCCCUCGUUCAGAGGCCAGCUGUACGAAAGUACGGCCGACCGACUCGCACGAGAGCGGGCUGAUCAAGCUCGCUACAUUAAAGAAAGCGAUGCCCGCAAGCCCAACGAGGGCAGGACACUGGCGACCAGCUUAGUCAUUCUGUCCGUCGCAGCUGCCGCAUAUGUACUGGGGACACGCUCAGAAAAGCCAAUCGACACGACCUCGACCACCUCUUUGGCACGAGCUCACAAACCUCAACAUGACACCCGAACCUCCGUCCUGCAAGCGGCCUGGACCGACCUGGCCCUGGUUGUCGGUAAAGAGAAUGUGUCCACUGUCUCAUAUGAUCUUGACGCCCAUUCCGGCUCGGAAUGGUCCUCUUAUACGGUCAAGCCGAACGAGCGGCCCUUUGCCAUCGUCUAUCCGGCCAGCACCGAAGAAGUUUCCCAAGUCAUGAAAAUAUGCCACGACCGGAAGAUACCCGUCACGGCCCUCUCGGGAGGGACCAGUCUGGAAGGUCACUUUGCACCGACCAGAGGCGGCGUGUGCAUCGACCUGGGCAGGAUGGACCGAAUUCUACAAUUCCAUCCCAAGGACUUGGACAUCGUGGUACAGCCGGCUCUGGGCUGGGAAGCUCUGAAUGAAGAUCUGGCCGAGCACGGCAUGUUCUUCCCACCCGACCCGGGUCCAGGCGCCAAAAUCGGCGGCAUGGUCGGCACGGGCUGUUCUGGGACAAAUGCGUACCGCUACGGAACCAUGCGCGACUGGGUCGUCUCGCUCACAGUGGUACUUGCCGACGGGACGAUCAUCAAGACCCGCCGUCGGCCUCGGAAGUCAAGCGCCGGCUACAACUUGACCCAGAUGUUCAUCGGCAGUGAAGGCACCCUGGGCAUUGUCACGGAGGCAACCUUGAAAGUCACCGUCCUCCCCAAGAGCCAGAACGUCGCAGUCGCCACCUUCCCGACGAUCCACGCCGCCGCGGAGUGUGUCGCCAAGGUGGUGGGGGAAGGCAUCCAACUCGCGGGCAUGGAAAUCCUGGAUGACGUGCAGAUGAGAUGUAUCAACAAGAGUGGAUCGACCAGUCGACAGUGGCAAGAAGCGCCCACGCUGUUCUUCAAGUUUGCUGGGACACCAGACGGGAUCAAAGAACAGAUUCGCACGGUUCAGAAACUGGCAAAGUCGGCCAAAAACGAAAAGUUCGAAUUCGCCAAGAACGACGACGAAGCUCACGAACUGUGGAGUGCCCGGAAAGAGGCGUUAUGGAGUGUGAUGGCGAUGAAGAAGGACGAGAGUGAUCAUGUGUGGACAACGGACGUUGCCGUGCCCAUCAGCAGACUAGCGGAUAUCAUUCAAGAGACGCGAGAUGAUGUCGCACGCAGUGGACUGCUGGGUGGAAUCUGUGGUCAUGUGGGCGAUGGAAACUUCCACACCAUCCUGCUCUACAAUGAUGCCGAGAAGCAGAGUGCCGAGGAAGUCGUCCAUCGCAUGUGCAAACGGGCCAUUGAGAUGGAAGGAACGGUCACGGGCGAACAUGGUGUCGGAUUGAAAAAACGAGAGUAUCUGAUUGAAGAGCUCGGAGAGGACACCAUCAACGCCAUGCGAAGGCUCAAGCAGGCCUUUGAUCCUCUCGGAAUCCUGAACUGUGACAAGAUCGUGCAUCUUGAAGCCGGGCAUUAG